GGCGGCCCGCCGCGCGCUCCGCCCCAGCGCGCCCGCUCCACCUCCUCGCCCUCCUUUUUGCCGCGGUCUCCGCACGCCAGCCUCCGCUUGAGCUCGCCAUGGAUCCCAACUGCUCCUGCGCCGCUGGUGGGUCCUGCACGUGUGCCGGCUCCUGCAAAUGCAAAGACUGCAAAUGCACCUCUUGCAAGAAAAGCUGCUGCUCCUGCUGCCCCGUGGGCUGUGCCAAGUGUGCCCAGGGCUGCAUCUGCAAAGGAGCCUCGGACAAGUGCAGCUGCUGCGCCUGAAGUUGGGGAGACCCUGCCCCAGAUGUAAAUAGAGCAAUGUGUACAAACCUGCAUUUUUUAAAAUACAACCUGACCUGUUUGCUAUAUUCUUUUCUUUUUUCCCAUAAAGUACAUGAAUGAUAAUAAAAAUGGUUGGCUUUA